AUGACACACGACUCGAGGGACGAGUAUUUGGCAUUCUUUGAAAUCGGGACCUUAGGUCUGCUGUUUGUGCUCAUACUGAUCGGCAAUUCCUGUGUUUUGAUGGCUUUAAUAAUGCGAAAACUGAAGAUGAAUCGCAUGUAUUACUUCUUACUGCACCUCAUUAUAGCCGACUAUUUAGUCGCCGUUUUUAACGUGUUGCCUCAGCUCAUUUGGGACAUAACAUACCGAUUCUACGGCGGAAACAUACUGUGCAAGGUCAUUAAAUACCUACAAAUCUUAGGUCCGUAUCUCUCCUCCUAUGUACUGGUGAUGACAUCCAUCGACAGAUACCAAGCGAUAUGUCAUCCGUUGACGAACUGUCAGUGGACUCCCGCCCGAAGUCAGCUCAUGAUAUCGUUCGCGUGGAUCAUCGCUCUCUUGUGUUGUAUUCCUCAGGCAUUCAUAUUCUCCUACCAGAAGAUACCCGACAAAGACGUGUACGACUGUUGGGGUACAUUCCCACUACAGCCCUACGGGGAGCGCAUAUACGUCACCUGGUAUGCCAUCAGCUUCUUCUUCAUUCCCUUCAUCCUUCUCACCACAACUCACGUCUGUAUCUGUCGUGAGAUAUGGCGUAACGUUCACCAGAAGAGCAAGAGUUUCAAGAGAGAGCAGAAGAUCUUCCACCAGAACGACGACUUCGAUCGCCUGUCCUCCGGGUCCUCCACUAAUGAAUCCAUCGGUCGAUCCACUAAUCUGUUGGUGACUGUCGGCCGAUCGUAUCGGUUCAAAGGCAGGGGACGGGUCGAGGUGUCUGUAGAUCGGGCCAAACCGGGCGCCGCCUAUAAUCCUCGAAGUCAUUCGCUGACUGGUCUGACCAGAGCUAAGAUAAAGACCGUCAAAAUAACGGUUGUCGUCAUUGUCUGCUAUAUCAUCUGUUCCUCGCCUUUCAUAUGCGUUCAGUUGUGGGCCUAUUGGGCGCCUGACGCUCACUCAUCCACCUUCUGGAGUGGUAUGUCUUAUCUGUCGUCUCUUUUUGUAAUUGAUUUACUAUUUCGUGAUAAAUGUGUUCAGAAAUUAUAG